AUGGCAGCCCAAGAUGCUUGGGUGGCUCGAUGGACGGCGUGGUGCGAGCGGAUCGUGGCCCCCUCGUUGAUUGAAAAGUCGGGGCCCAUUCCAUCUGAGUCGAAAGAAGAUAUCAAGGCACGCGAGCGUGUCGAGCAGUGGAAAGACGAUCUACUGCGCACGAGUCCGAUGGUGCGCUUUAUGGUGAAACACCUGGCUUUGAUCCAGUGUGAUCCGCUGACGCCUCGGGGCGAGCACGCGAGCAAGGAUGCACCACCCAAGCUGCUCAUUGCAUCGUGUCCACCGGACAUUGCGGGCGGCUUCUCCCCGUCUCCACCGGGGCGGCCCCCGUCAGAGGCUGGUAUCCUGCUGUGUGCCAAUCGCCUCUUUAGCAAAGCGCAUCUGGAAGAUACGUUAUCGCACGAGAUGAUUCACUGGUGGGACCACUGUCGCUUCCAUGUCGACUGGAAUAAUUUGCGGCACCACGCAUGCAGUGAAAUUCGUGCUGCCUCGCUGUCGGGCGACUGUCGCUGGACGCGCGAGAUCAAUCGCCGGCACUAUGGCUUCGCUAAGCAGCAUCAAGCAUGUGCACGACGGCGUGCUAUUCUUUCUGUGCGCUCCAAUCCCGUGUGCAAGGAUGAUGCGACGGCUGAGCGAGUUGUUGACGAUGUAUGGGACAGCUGUUUCCACGAUACCCGACCCUUUGAUGAAAUCUAUUAA